ACUGAAGGCACGCACAGUCAACUUCAGAACAGCGAAAAGACAAGAUGCGACAGUUUCUUGUGACCGCGUGUCUGCUGGCUUCCCUGGCGGGGGCUUCGGCUCAAAUAACUCCAGUGACCAAUACGGCCUUCUACCCCUACGGACCGGGGACUCCAGACAUUUUGGACAGUGCAGCUGACGAUGGCACAUCGGGGGCAGUGAGUUUGGCCACCGCAUUUCCAUUUUUUGGAAAUUCCUACAAUGAUCUCUAUGUGAAUACCAAUGGUGACAUCUCCUUCGGGUCAGCGGUAACGGGGUUCACACCAACCCCCUUCCCCGUAACUGGAAACAGGGUCCUCGCCGUUUACUACACCGACAUCAAGACCAGUAAUGGUGGACGCUCUGGUUACAUCUACCGUCGGGAAACAACCGAUGCCGCUAUAUUGGCCAGAGCAACUACGGACAUCCAGACAGCCUUACCCGCCGACCAUGGAAGCUUCGUGGCGACCUGGGUCUACAUCGCUACCUGGCAUGAUGUUGGAAUCUUUGGAGCAAGCGGAGAUGGUCAUAAUCUUCGGAACACGUUCCAACUGGUUCUGAUAACUGACGGCUGUAAGUCCUUCACCCUGUUUAACUACGACCAGAUCCAAUUCUUACAAGGGAGCACCAACAGCGGAAAUGGGACAAGUGGUACAGGGCCGAACCCAGCGCAGGUUGGGAUCAACGGAGGAGAUGGAAUCCACUAUUCGCUGCAUCCGUAUUCGAGGACCACCGAUCUGUACACCCUGCCAACAUGGACCGAUCCGGCUGUGCCUGGACCUCCCGGACGUUGGGUGCAGAGGACCGACCUGGCCCUGACCGGGGACGGCCCAGCAUUAGUGUGCCCAACCGGGUUCCGCGAAAUCGGUGACGACUUGUGUCUGAAGCCUCACACCCAGCCCCUUGAUUAUGAUGCUGCAAUUGCCAGAUGCGCUGAACUGGCACCGGACGGUCGACUCUUCAACAUCCGCAGCCAGGCUCAUAACGAGAUGCUGAUCGGUUUUCUCCAACGCUUCCAAACUCGUACUGGGAGAGGACGCGGUCUGUGGACUGGUCUGACGGAUAAAGCCGCCGAGGGUACUUUCGAGUGGGAGGACGGCACGGCAUUUGACCCAGAAGGCUACACCAACUGGGCUGAGGGUGUUCUUGAAGAACGUCAAGGCGGGCAACGUGAUUGUGUCUUCAUGAAAAAGGACGACGGCUGGCAGUGGAACAUCCAAAAAUGUGAGACCCGGCGGGAGAGGAAUGCCUUCAUAUGCACAGCACCCAAGGCUCCUGUGCCCUCCGAAUGCUAAAGACAUUUAAGAAGUUUGUCACAGCCGUGUAUGUCAAACUGUCUGCAAUCAUCAUCCGUAAAUAACUUCAUCAGGUUGGGAAUUAUUCGUAUAGUAAGGUUCUUUAGGCACAACCAAGGAGAAGUUACUUCCAACGUUUCGUUGGAUUAAGGAG